AUGCGGGACCCCAUCCCGGCUCCCCGCUCCCUCAUCCAGUUCACCAACCCCUUAGCGCGGACACUCUCCCUCCGCACCCUCCCCCUGCACGCCCACGAGAUCCUGCCCGCCUUCACCAUCUACGCCUUCCUGGACGGCUACCUCUUGCCCCUCGCCUCGCGCCGCCUCUGCCCCGGAACCUACCCCGGCCUCGACCCGCGCACCCGGGUCAACUGGAACGCCCGCGUCGUUUCGCUCCUCCAGUCAAGCUGCGUGAACGCGGCCGCGCUGGCCGUGAUCCACUUCGACCGGGAGCGCUGGGCGAUGGGACCCCGGGAGAGGGUCUGGGGCUACACGGGCGCGAGCGGUAUGGUCCAGGGGUUCGCGGCCGGGUACUUCCUGUGGGAUGUGGCAACCAGCGCGGCGGACCUGGACGUGCACGGGCCGGGGGCGCUGAUGCAUGCGGGGAGCGCGUUGGCGGUGUCGUUGUUGGGAUUCCGGCCGUUUUGCAACUAUUACGGCCUGAACUUCAUCCUCUAUGAGUUGUCCACGCCUUUUCUCAAUGUUCACUGGUUCAUGGAUAAGCUCGGCAUGACUGGAUCCACGGCACAGCUCGUCAAUGGGAUCGCGCUCGUCACGACUUUCGGGGCUAGUCGCUUGGUCUGGGGCACCUAUCAGAGCGUUAGGAUGUAUCAGGACAUCUGGACUGCCUUCGAGACGCCUGGAGGCUUGCCGGUACCGCCUUGGCUCGCGGUGGCGUAUGUCGUCAGCAAUACGACGCUGAGCGUCUUGAACUUCUAUUGGUUCGGGAGAAUGAUUACGACCUUGAGAAAGCGAUUCGAGAAGCCGAGCAAGGAAGAUGAUGAGAUCGAUACUAAGAAAUGA